GGAUGUGAACCCACGCAUCGGGGACAUCCUGCAGAAGCUAGCCCCCUUCCUGAAGAUGUACGGAGAGUACGUGAAGAACUUUGACCGGGCCAUGGAACUGGUCAACACCUGGAUGGAGAGGUCGUCCCAGUUCAAAGCCAUCGUCCACCAAAUCCAGAGAGAGGAGCGCUGUGGUAACCUGACCCUACAGCACCACAUGUUGGAGCCGGUUCAGAGGAUCCCUCGCUACGAGCUGCUGUUGAAAGACUACCUGCACCGUCUCCCUGGCGACCAUGAUGACUUUAAGGAUGCCCAGAAAUCUCUGGAGUUGAUCGCCACAGCGGCAGAGCACUCCAACACAGCCAUUAGAAAGAUG